UCCACGUCCGCGAGCAUUUCGAAAAUAAUUUCCUAAAAUAGACGGGACGGACGGUCGGUCCAACAUCGCCGACUUUCAACCUCCAUCGUUGGCCGUACUGAUUCUCAGAGCCAGCCGCAGACGGAGCAGACAAUGUCCGUGUACGGGGACACCGGUACCGGGGAGGCGGAUCCCACCGCUAAGUUACUGGAAGGCAGGGACCACCCCCUCCACAGCGUCAACAGACGUAAGCAGGCCUUCGCGGACAAGUACCGGAGCCUGAAGAAUGACCUGGACCACAUGAACGAGGAGUACCGGCUGCCCAUGAGCAGGGUGCCUGACGACCACAAACCCCUCCGCGGCAAGGUGGGCGUGCCGGGGAAGAAACGGGUGUCCAUCCUGGACGGGCCGAUCCAAGAAGAGGACAAGUCGGAAACGAUUUUACAGCUGAAAGUGCGGAAACUCCAGAACAAUGUCAAGACGACUGAGGGCAAGUUCGAUGACCUGGUGGAUGAGUACAACUGCAACAGGAAGGACAUCAGGAUGAGAGCCAACAAACCCAAGCCUCGCUCGAUGGCAAUUGUUGUGUACGAGGAUCCCCGCUUGAACGGAGACGACAACGGCUACAUGGCCAAGUCCAUGAUGGAGCUGAGGAUCCAAAGCCUGAACAAAAACAUCAAGGAGGCGGAGAAGGGCAUGGACGACCUGGCCAGGGAGUCGCAGUUCGUGCGCAGUGCUGUGGCCGAGGACGGAAACAGGUACAUGCGGCGGCAGCCGGACGCCAUGACUGAGAAGGACAUGCUGAAGUUCAUCAACCACAGGGUGGACGUGCUGGACCAGAAACAGCGGAACCUGGACAGGACAUACAACAGGGCAGAGAAGGGCACCAAUGAGGUGGAGUCCAAAGUGCAGAAAGCCCGGGAGAUGGACCAGCAGGUGCACGAGUCGAUGAAGGCGGCGGGUCACCCCGUGUGGCACAAGCGGAAGACUAGCAAGUUCCUGCAGGCCGUCCAGGAGAGGGGAGAGAUUGGGUACGAGCUGGAUCUCAGUCCCAGGGUACCGAAGUACAAGCAGAAGCAGGAGAUGAGGAAAAGGCGUCGUAUGGACCUUUGAGAACCUGGGCAAAUUACUGGAAACAGUUCUACAGCUACGUAACGAAAAAGGUGACACUGGGUAGUAGUAGAUAGAGUUCAUUAGCCUCGAGAAAGGUAGCAGAAAGUUUACCGAAAAGUUGAAAGAUAAAAUUCGUUUGUUUGUGCAGUGAAGAACUCCGUAUAUAUAGCUUUAGAGGACCUUUUGGAUUUACUUACGAAGCAACUUGUAUUUACCAUAGAUAUCAGCCUUAUCAAAAGCAAGGGACUUUGAAUUGCUUGUAGAGCGAUUUUGAAUACAUAUUGUUAUAACAAAUCGCUGUUGUAACAAUUAUGGAUUUGUGGAUUAUUGUGUGACAUAUUGCCGACCAAAGAAAUAUAAUACAAAAAGUUCAAUGACAAUGAGACAAUCAAAAACUAAAUGUCUGUAAAGUUCAUUUUUUUAUUUUUUCAUCACCCACCCACCCAUCCGAAUUCACCAUUUUUUCUCUCCUCAGAUGUGAAGUGUUGUCAAACAAGUUAAAAAUCUCCUUCCCACAUGCCCAACACCUGUUAAACUGGAUGCAAAUAUAAAUAAACGAAUCUUCAUCUCUAGUUGAGAAAUUCUCAAACAUGGUCACUUCAAAGUAGUAAAAUACAUUAUAAAGACAAAACUGACAGUUAACGGGUUCUUACUCUAAUCUGAGAUCGUUACACAGACGUGUUAACAACAAGAACAAACAAACAAACAAACAAACAUAAAUGAAUAAGCAUGAUAGAUGCUGAUUGCAUAUACGGCAUGGACUGUUGAUGUUCGAUACAUUUACCUUGAGAAGGAGCAGCUUUUUGUCUGGAUACUACUGGCUCCAUGCCAAUAUAAGCUGAAAAAAUAUUUAC